CGGCACCUAAAAAAUCCGGAAGCCUAAACCGGAAGUUACCGUGCGUGAGUUCGUAUAUGAAGCAGAUCCUGGCAGAGAAUCGUCACAUUGUUUUCAGUGUUUUCGGAGAGUGAAUCCUGACAACAUUGGAGAUUUCAGACAAUAGUCAUCGACUACGAUCUUUUAAAUAACUUGACCAGAGCAUAACCGGUUAUCUGCCAUUACCGGACUGUUGGGACAAUCUUUUGACUUUAAAGACAACUUGACCAGCGCAUAACCAGUUAUCUUCACCCAAGAGACCUACUGUUGGGACAAUCUUUUGGCUUUAAAGAUGCUGUUUGCCAUCGUCCAGUUUAUUGAUGAGAAGGAUCUGCCAUUUGCAGUGGUUCCGCAAGUGUGGCUCAGCAAGGGCAUAUGCUAUUGGCCUCCAUUUAACCUUCGCAAAAAGGACAAAGGCAACAAUUUAGCCAUCCGCUGCAUGCCUCCACAAAGCACCUGGGAGAAAUAUAAUUUUAAGUUUAUGAAGGGAGCAGAUUCUUGGAAAGAGGCAAAGAAGUAUUUGGAACGCUUCCAAACAGGUUCCAGCGUUGAAACGACAGAUGAUGACAAGAAGGGGAAACGAAAAAGAUUCUCAAAUUCUAAGUUCAGACCCCAGCCCUCUUCUGAUGAAGACGAGUCAAGUCUUCCAGAUGCACCAGCCGUGCUGUCAUUUCGACAACCUUUUUGCGGUAACGAGGUUUUGGUGCUGCCCGAUGCUCCUGAAGUUGCAUCAAUUCCAGAAAACCAAGAAAAUGUUGACCCAUCUGUAGACUUCAGAGCUGGUUUCUCCCCAUUAAUCAAGAGUCCACUACACAGAGCCAAUAGUUUGAGUACAAGUUUCUCCCCAGUAAUCCAGAGUCCACUUCAAAGGGCCAAGAGUUUGAGUACAACUCGUCAAGUAUUAAGCUUUACAUCCCUAGCAGCAAACUUACCCUACCAGUAUAUGGGUGAAAACGUUGGAGGAGAAAGUCAUCGCUCCGAUACAGGACCUUGGACUCCCCUGGCAUCCCGUGUAGAGCAUGAUGUUUUCAGCUUUGAAGAUUUCCAGAGACUACAAAAAGAGAAUCAAGCCAUGAGGGGGGAUAUCCAAGCCAUGAGGGGGGAUAUCCAAGCCCUGAGGGUGGAGAGCCAAGCCCUUAGGAGUCACAAUCAAGCCCUUAGGGAGGAGAACCAAGCUCUGAGGGAACGAAAUGCACAAGCAGCUUCGGAUGACAGUGGCUCACUUCAAGAGCAGUUGAAGCAGGUUGGGGCAAUGUUAAAGACGUUUGCCCGCACUGGGCAAUCAGGUGCAGAUCAGACCCUAAUGUUGCGACGUCUUGGAGACUUUGGUGAUGUUGUGCGUACCAUGGACAACAAAAUGGACACUAUGCUGCAACAUUUCAGUGCCAAUGUUUCUGUUGGAGAGUUAUCUCUGCCAGGGGAUCUGUUACUUCCCCUAGACACCCAGGAAGAUUUGGUGUUGCUUGACAACACUUUGAGGCAGGAUACAGAGCUCCAGGAACGAUUUCUUCGGUUUUUGGCAAUCAAAUGUGGGAGGGACCUAAAAACAACCGUGUGGCGAAUGCUUCAGAGCAUCUUUUCGAAUCACCUUUCUAACAAUACAACCUGGACUGGUGUAGGGAAUAAAGCGUGUUUUAGAGACCUGUUCCUGAAGACCAUUGUUCAACGAGCCAUCCGGAAGAACCCGGCAACCCAGGAUGCCACAGAUGAGGCUGUCCAGGUCAAUGUUAUGCGUUACCUGAAAGGUGCAUCUGACCGUGAAGGUGGAAAAAGGCGACGCACAGCUGAGAGGGACCCAGAGCCACCCCUUAAACUGGAACCCUUUCUCUAUUCUGCUUAACUGAUUUUCUGUUGUUGAGUACAUGUCAAGUUUUAUUUAUCACAGAUACAAAACUUCUACACUGAUUACUGGCUAUACUAGCCCAUAUGUACCACCCCUCCCUCCAUCUUCCAGUCUGGACAUGGUCUAACAUCUUAUUUGACCAAUGGUUGAUACCCUAAAGCUAUCCUUGCACUGCAGCUAUAAUUCUUAUAUUACUAGGUUUACCCUUUUCUCUUAUUUUCCAUAUUUAAUACUGGUCUCUUAUGUUGUCCAUAUUUAUUGUUGUUCACUACACUUUAACCUUGCACUGUUGCACUUUACUACCACUGAUGCAUACCUACUGAGCACCUUACCACGGCAUACUGAACCACAGGGUCAGUCUCUGCCCUGUCACUGCAAGUGCCUUAUACAUUACAUUCUUUUGGAUCCUUGUUUUAAUAUCUUUAGUGUAUUUUUACUGUUCAUUUUAGUCAUGUGGAUUUUUUUUAUAUUCUGUUUGUUAAUAUGUGUGGUGUUAAAGUACCACUUAUCCUAUUGUUAUAAAUUACUUUUAAAUGUGACGUUAUACAUCCAUUUAUUUGGUAUCCUGCACAUUCUUUGGUACCAAAUAUCAUCAUUACUUGAUAUAAUGUUUACUGGUAGCCUCUGUACAUUAUUAAAAAUUAUUGUGAGUGCUCUAAUUUGCUUGUAAUGUGUUUUUUUAACCAAAUUUUAUUUGGAAAACUGCAUGUUCUUUAGUAUUUUUUUUUUAGUUAUUUAUAUUUCAGUGCUCUUACACAUCCUCUGUCAAUGAGUGUUACAGUACUUUGAAAUGUGCAAU